GUAAAUAGACUCCGAUGCUACUACCAGUAAUUGUGUGUUGAGCAGCUGAUCGAGGCAUGAUCGAGGGAUGUAAUAUUACAGAGGAAUCUCAGGAGUAAGGAACGUAACUGGUGGUUACAGCAAUAAUAGUUUGCUUUCCACAGGGACACGCGACACUUUAUACACGGUGCUCGGAGGAUUAGUCAAGUUAAUAUUUUGAUUGCUGAAGCGAGAGUUCAGGGACAAAUAAAAUGGAAGCAAAAAGCCUGAGAAUGAUCACAUACCUGUCCCCCAAUGUCCCUGUUGAAGUGUUUGAAACUAUCAUGCAAUACCUGGAGGAGAAGCUGGAAAGGGAGGCAUAUCUAAUUUAUGAAUCUCGCUGGAGUGGACCACCUCGGAGUAGGACAGAUCCUUUUACCAAAGAUGAGGCAGAUGUUGGAUUUAUAUGCAGUCCAUCUUUUCUCCGUCUUCAAGAUCGUAAGAACAAAUACAUAGAGCAUAUUCCAGUGGCCCCAGUAUUUGUACAUCCCAAGGGAGAAAACAGACCAGUUUACUUCUCAGAUGUCAUUAUACAUUCUGAUAACAAGUCCAGUAUAAAGGAAUUCCAUGACCUGAAAGGCCGCAGAUUAGGCUAUAGUGACUCAGAAUCACUUAGUGGAAACUUCAUAGUAUUAUCACAACUGAAGAAGAUGGGCACAAAUACAAGUUUUUUUGCUAGCACAUUUUGUUCAGGAUCCCACCUGAACUCCAUUCGCAUGGUAUUGGAUCGUGUGGUUGAUGUGGCAGCUAUAGAUUCCAACUGCUUACGAGCUUUCCUCAAGAAAAACCCUGAGCUACGGAGUUCCAUUCACAUCUUGACAACCUGGGGUCCAAUGUCUGUGUAUCCAAUGGUGGUCAAUGCAAGGUUGCCAGAGGAGUUAAAAAGCAGGAUAGCAGAGGUAAUGUUAACUAUGCAUGAAGACCCAAGGUGGCAGCCCAAACUACAAGAACUGGACAUCAUUAAGUUUGUUCCCAUAGAUACAUCCUUGUACAACUUUGAGCGAGAAUUACUAAAGGAUGUGGAAAAGCUUUCCAUAGACACACCUUACUAUUAAUAAUUUUAUUAAUUUCAAUGACAAACUGUGUAACUACAUGUGUACUGCAGUUGCUGCUUGUUUAGUAUGAGAUCUAUGUUUGGUACAAUUUCUGUUUUAAAAUGUAUGAUACGCACACACAUAUAUAUGGCAAAACUUAUAUAUCCAAGGGUCUUUUAUGUUCUUUAAACAUAUCAUAUGGUGCAAGGGGAUUUGGUAAAAUCUAUGAGAAGGAUGUUUGCCAUCAGGUUAUUUUGAUGAGAAACAGCAGAAAAGAUCCAAAGAAAAAUUGUGAUAGAUCUAGUGAAAUUGUCAUAUAGAAGGUUAAGAAAACCAUUUUAUCAUCAAGAUUCAUUCUUCCUUUAUUAAUGUAGCUGUAGCUGUGAGCAGACUUUUGCUAGAAGUUUGCCAGUGCUUUGAGUAACUUGAGUAAUGUUUUAACACAUUUUUAUCUUACAAUUAAGGACAUUUAAGAGAUUAUGAAUUUAACUGAAUACAAAUCCCAAUUUCCAGUCUAAAAAUAUAUGGUGGUGGGGGAAGCAUUCCAAGAAACUGUCUUUACAGUCUAAAGUUCGUAUUUUGUAAUAACAUCUUUUCCAUAGUUAGAAUUAUUUUCAUAUUUAUUCCAUAUAUUCUUAGUAAAAUGUUAAAUGUUAUAUCAAAGAUGCAUGUUGUUUAUACCACUGCUUCAAAAUAAAGAAAGUAAAGAUUUGUA